AUGGCGCCACCGGCGGCCCUGUUAUUCCUUCUAGGAGCCACGGUUUUGGCUGGCAGGACAUCUGCUAAAUGCAACAGACCCGGGUGCAACACGGACGCCUGCGCUCGUGCCGUUCGCUCGACACGACAGCGGUCCCCAGCGCCACCCGUUCUGCCGACUGCAGCUCCUUCCUCGCCGUCACCGUCACUCCCUCCGCCUCGUGGGUGCACCUCGUACCCGUCCUCUGGUAACCAUGCUAGAGAGUUGCGUGCUGACCAUGAGCUUUGCCUUGGCGAGGGCAACAGAACCGUGUGGGUGACAGCGACGGAUGCUACCACAGUGACCGAGACGGUUGUGCUUGAGAAGAAGAAACGCAACAACGACGACGACGAUAGUGACGAAUAUGAGAGCCCGCCCCUGCCGACCUCGUCUGUUGUGUUCCCCGACGAUGGCAUCUGGGCGGCAACCUACACGUUCGAGGAGUACGCGCUCCCUACCUUCACCGACGCACCCGAUCCCUCCAUCGUGGUCAAUUAUCCCAUCCCAAGCACGACCUGUAUGCUUCAUGCUACGCCGACUGGCGACUCAUUUUACCUCCUUGCCCCCAGCGCCGGAUACAUGUUCAAGAAGGCGAGCGGCCUGGCCCCCGUGGAUCCCCCCCAAGACGAAGCUGCCGCUGAGGCUCUGCUGGCCAACUGGAACCCGGCCACCUUUGAGUUCCGGGUCGCUGAGGGCACGUCGGCGGGCUUCUUCGACCUUGUCCUUCAGGACGGCAGCAACCCGGAUCUUUACGUUGCCCUGGACGUUGCCACGGGCGAUGUCUCGCUUGUGCCCUCGUCCAUCAAGGGCAAGUUGCAAGACGGGAAAUGCACAACGGUGUUUGGGGUCUCCUGCAAGGGCUCCCUUGUCGUCGAAUACGGGAGCACCAGCUACGUCUGGACAGCGGCGAACAGCAGCACGAUUGCCGCCCCCGGGAUCCCUCCGGCCAACAUGACCUCACCGCUCAACACCAUGGUUAUCCUCCCUACGCGGCUCCAGACACCGCUCGACCAUCAAUCCGCGUCUCGGAGAGCCAAGGUCCGGCGAGCGCUGGCGCGGAGAGACCAUGCGCAGGACGGAAGCGCGCCCCGCUGCCCUAACUUCCCGUACGGCAGCGUCACGGCCGUCUCGAACGGCCACUCUCCCUCGCCGCCCAACGGAUGCGGGCCAGACGGGGCGUGGUACACGGCGCUCAUUCCCAACCUGGACUUUGGCGGCUGCUGCAACAACCACGACACGUGCUACGACCGGUGCUCCGAGUGGUUCGGGGGCUGCAACGGCGUGUUCCACUCGUGCAUGCGCGACCAGUGCGCCAACAAGUACAACCACUGGUACAACUCGUGGCUGCGGCCGGGCUGCUACGCCGCGGCCGGCAUCUACUACUUCGCCGUGUCGGGCGAGUCGGCCCAGCAGCACUUCCCGGACGGCAGCCGGGAGGACUGCGCGUGUGUGUGCGCCGACCCGAACAAGGCCAUGUGCGCCACCGCCACCACCUGCCAGCAGGUCCGCGGCGCCGGCGCCAACGACAGCAACAACUGCGGCGGCUGCGGCCGCAGCUGCGGGCCCAAGGGCAUGUGCCGCGACGGCGUGUGCGUGUGCCGGCCCGAGCCGCCGACGCCGAACCAGUGCGGCACCACGUGCCUGAGCUUCCUCAGCCACCCGCGCAACUGCGGCCGCUGCGGCAACGUCUGCGCCAGCGGCUACUGCUACCAGGGCGCCUGCUUCACCCCGCCCGCCGUCCCGGACCGGUGCUACCCGGUCGAGGCCGUGCAGAACGGCGACUUCGGCGCCGGCACCACCGCCCCCUGGUCCGUCCCGCCCGAUUCCGUCGCCGGCGACCUGAGCGGCACCGCCCUCGGCAACCUCCCCAGCUCACAGGGCGGCCCCCCGACGGCGCUCAUAAUUACGUCUAACCCGUUCGUCGGCGCCGGCGCCGGCAUGGCCAUCUCCCAGACCGUCCGCCUCUGCCCGGGAGUGCAGUACCAGCUUGAUUUCCAGCUGUGGUCGACCCUGCCACUGCCCGUUUCGAUCUCCCUCGGCGGCCGCGUGGUGGCGUCCGACGCGCAGAUCCAGAGUUCUGGGGUGUGGCUGGCCCAAGGGCCGUUUGAUCUGCCUGUUCUGAACGAGGGUGAUGCGGGGACGGCUGCGGGUGCGAAGUUCUUCCUUGAGACGGAGCUGGUGAUUUCGUUGACGGGAGACUUUGUCAUCGCCGGUAUUCCCGACUUGCGAUCGGGAGCCCACCCCCUGGUCACAUGCUCGCUGACCCUGAACCGUCCUCGACCACAGCUGGGGCCGUCCAGAGAGGGUGCAGCGGCUCCCUGGACCGAUCUUCCCCGCUAA